AGUGGAAUGUACGAGGUCUUACUUGCUUAAUCAUCUUUCAUUUGCAUGUCAAAAAUGAGGGUUUGUCGUUUGCCCAGUGGGGUCUGGGUGACCCCGUGGUGUAACGCAUCGUGACCUUCCCAGAUUGCCAAGACGAUGAUAGUACGGGGUGUGGCGUCAUGUAAGCUCCCAAUAAAGGGAUUACUUAUGCUAUUGGAAUGGUUACCCUACGCUUCUCUUGGUCGUGCCUACCAUGUGUUUUAUGGACACUGCAUCUUCUGGUCGAGUCUGAGCAGUUUUCCUUGGGUCGAUAACACUUGGGGUCUCUCGGUACGUCGGGUGGUGCCGUUGCUUGCUCACGUGCUCAAUUUCCAUCAUACUGGACGUAUGUGGGCGUUGGACGUUUGGUUUCGCAUGCAGAAGGGAUCAGCGGAUAGCUGAAGCUGAAACGGAAUCUGGUGUGGGGCCUCUUCCUUCUUCCCUAAGUGUCAUCCUUGAAUUGCUGAUUCCAGUAUGCUGAAUGUAAUAACAAGCUGCAGGCUUACAAAAGUGCAGUGGACUAUGUAUAUUAGAGUAGUUUAUAGACGCUGGGCUACGCUGGGUG